UUCGAACGCUUCGCAACCUGUAGACAAUCGCAGAUCGCCCGGCACACCAGUGUCUCACAACAGUGUUUGAACAUGUUCUUGAACAUGUCCUCCCGCAUCGGGUUAUCACUUUUUGUCUUGCAUGGACUGCCCUAGACUUGUGGAGACGACGUCGAACACGAGCAACCAAAUCGGAUCCGAAUCUCAGUUAGCAGCCUUUGGCACUCGUUGCUCCCGUGUCAAGUGCAAGCGAGGUUUCCGGAGCGCACUGCAUUGCAUGAACGCCGCACCGAACAUCGCUUAGCAAAACGGCAUCCGAGGGAAGCAAACGUGCAUAAGUCACGCCUAGCAACGAAACGCAGCACUGUCGAUGAUGGACCCCGUAGUGGGAAUGAUGUGCGGCGUCGCAGUGUGCUUUCUCAUCACUACUGUUGUCGCGGCCAUUUUCCAUGCACUCGUGGGCUUCAGCGGACCUUCCCAUCGGUUACUCUACUUCGUAGGGCUCUUCAGCCUCGGCUACUACAUCAUCAAGUUUCCUCAGCUUUCCUCGCCGUCCGCCGACUGCGAUGUCCUGGAAGCCUUCUCCGUGCUUCUGUAUCUGGGCGCGCACGUCGUUUUGAGUGUUUUCUUUGUGAUCAGGAACGUAGAGGUGUACGGCUGGGACAACCAUUGGAUGAUCCCCGUUCUGGGGCUAAUAGGAGGCCUAUGUCUCGCGAUCCUGGUCUCGCUAAUGUCAAACACUACGACCUUCAUCGACGGGGUCUGCCACGUCAACCACCCGCCCAUCUCCGCCUAUCUGCCCUCGGCCCUCGUAUUCGCCAUCUCGAGCAUCACCCUCUACCUUUUUCUCCGCCCGCUGCUACCCAAAACCCGCCCAAAACCCUCCAUUAACGCCACGACUAUGAUCGAGCGCACGGCGGUCGUCACCACCCCACCAGACCCGCCAGCCACCAUCGAGCUCACGGCGGCCCCAGAUCCACCAACCCCAUCGAUUGUAGACGCCAGAAACGGCCCGACGAAGCGCGCGAUCGCGGUCCGUCUGUUCGUCACCACCGCGAUCGCGGUCACGUUCACGAUAUUCUUCAACGCAACCCUCAACACCCCCGUCAUUGCAGAUUAUGCUCCACUGAUAAGCUCGUUGGACCUGAUGCUGAAUCAUACGAUGGUGUGCCUGCCGUAUCUACUGACGCGGUGGGAUCGUCGGAGAGAAAGCCGGGAGUGCGGGGCUGCUGGAGGAGCGGGGGAGGAGGGGAGAGGAGGGGAAUGCGAGAAAACCGCCCUUUGAAACAGCAAGACGCCCCAGUGCGCUCUAGGACUGUUGGAAGACACAAGGUACCGGACCGUAUACUUUCUCGCAUGCCCAUCACGGUCAGUUGCGCCGGCAAUCAACGGGUCGUCGAGCUGAGUUGGCGCCGUGCCGUCACUCUAUCAUACUUCGACAUCUAUUCUAGUUGUAAACAUUGUCAUGUCCUAUUCAGUAUCCCCACAUUUGAAACGGUUUUGCAAAAGCCUGGCUAGAGACGAAGUUAGACAUAUAGAGAUUGCCGGACGGACACUAGUCGGUCGGUGGACACCAGUCAUCGUAUUCUGCUCUGUUUUCCGAAUUCAAAUCCGUGCUUGCUCG